AUGCUGGGAUUCAUUUUCCAGAACGACGUGUUUCUCGCAGUCAUUCUUAACGUGGUCCUCAGCUUCCCAAGCCUCCGAUACUUCUGGGAUCCAGCCACAGGCUUGACAUUAUCUAAGCAACGCGCUUCUAUCCCAAGAAUCGGCGCAGCCCAGACUACGACCUUUCCCCCGCAACCGACUACAUUUACGCCUAUAUCGACCUUGCCCCCGAAACCGGUUACAUUGACGGAAACCAUCACUCUUAUAGUGUAUGAUACUGUUCAAGGGCAACUUACGUGUACAUCCACUGUUACUGAUGGCCAACAAGUUACAACACGGGCGCACUACCCAACUGACUCAGCGACACCACCUGAAAAUUCAAUACACUAUUGCACCGAGGUAGGGCUAUACGAACCAAAAAGCAAAUUCCAAACAUGGCCCGACUGGGCGAUGCUGUUUCUACCAAUUACCCUCUUGGGCAUGCUGUAUCUGGCGUUCAGGUCAGGCUUUGUAAUCACCAGAGUACCUGCAGUUGAAGGCCAAAUUGAGGAGAUGAAGAUCGACCCCGGAGAAGACAAAAAGUCGAAACGGGAGUGGGAUGCUGACGCUCGCGAUAUGUCCAACGAACUGGAAAAAAGUAGGCAAGAAAUGCAGCGUUUGAUGGAAAGCGUUGAGAAGCGAGAUGCUAUGCUCAAGUGCCUCGGCGUCUUCAAAGACAACGAUACGGCACCCGAUGAAGAGAGCCUCGAAGAAUUGGUGAAGAACAGAAAGGAGUCACUCGAAGCCAACGAAAACAGCUUACGAAUGAUGCAAGCGGAUAUCACAGAUUGUUUGGAGAAGAUCAAGGGAUUGGAAGCCGAGAAACCAAAAAUGGUAGAGGAUAUCAAGAAUCAAUGCGACCAGCACUAUGCGGUAAAUGUCAUUCCCAAAUACCAACGGUCCCUCGACGACAAGCAGGGCGAGAUCAAAUAUUGGCGCGCCGCGUUCUUCAAUAAUGAAAAAGACGAA